GAUCACGUAGUCGAGCAGUCUCCGACAAUGAAGGCUAAAAUGGAAGUUAUCCCGAAGAGAUUUUGACUUGUUUGACAUAUUUGUCUGUAUCAGUUCUCUUUUUAAUUAAGCGUUCCCCACAAAGCCCAACUACGUUGGGCCCCAGCAAUUUCUUUCUUUUUUUGUUAAACUUUUCCUAAAAAAAUUAUGUUGUUCUUAACUUCUCCAUCCUCUCUCGUCUCUGCGUCUCUCUCAUGCAGCUUUGUGAGAGCGAGGGAAACAGCUGCAGGGCGUAAGAGCCUGUACAUGUAAUCAAAGGCUUCAUCUUUACCAGUCGUUUAUGGAUUUUCAUGGUGAAGUUUCGAGUUUCUGGAUCGUCAAGAUCUGUCCAUGCUGUAACCUGCAGGCUUAAGCCACAUGCAUAAAGGUAAUAAGAGCACAUUAUUUUCUCUAGAAUCAUCAAGCCCCAGUUAUAACAAUGCAAAUCUAGUAGUUGCCAAAGGGAACUCUUAUGAUUAACAAGUCAAAUGGACACAAAAUCUGUAACAUGUCUUAUCAACAACAUUUCUCGAUUCAUUCAUCUAGUUUCAUCUCGGACAAUGAAAGCUAUGCCUCUUCAGAAGGAUUACAGACAACUAGUUGGUGUACUGAAGCUUUUGAAGGCUGUUCUCGAUGAAAUUGUUGAUUACAAAAUUCCUACAGAUGAAUUCCUAUAUAAAGAAUGUGAAGAACUGGACGUGGCUGUUAAUGAGACAAGGGACUUCAUAGAAAACUGGUCUCCAACCAUGAGCAAAAUUUGCAGUGUUCUGAGGAGUGAGCCAUUGUUGAUGAAAAUUUGGAGCUCAUCACUCAAGAUUUGUUGCCUUCUCUAUAGAUUGUUAAAGUCAUCUCCAUCUACUUUAAGUUUAAAUAGUGUGCAGCACUGUAUGCAGGAACUUCAAUGUCUGAAGCUGGAAAGAAUAACGGAAUAUAUAGGAGAGGCUCUUCGAAGUGAAAGAGAUGAUAUUGUUCCCUGCACAGAAAAUCUUGUGAAGAUUAUUGAGUUCCUUAGUUUGACAACAAACCAGGAACUUCUAAAAGAAAGUAUUUCUGUCGAAAAAGAGAGAAUAAAUGCCCAGGUCAAUUACGUGGAAGGGGAAUCAGAUCAACUCUUUCAAAUAGUGAAUCUUGUCAACCACAUUCGUGAUUGCAUGGUUAAAAUUCAACGGUUUGAAGCCACAACUGGAGUCCUUGUCCCUUCAUACUUCCGAUGUCCUUUAUCACUGGAACUCAUGUUGGAUCCUGUAAUUGUGGCUUCAGGUCAAACCUACGAGAGGUCUUCCAUCCAAAAGUGGCUUUAUAAUGGGUUGACUAUUUGCCCGAAGACUCGCCAAACACUCACACACACAAACCUCAUUCCCAAUUAUACAGUCAAAGCCAUGAUAGCAAACUGGUGUGAAGAAAACAAUAUAAAACUUCAUAACUCUGAGCGCACUAAUUUUGUCUCAGUGCCAUCACCAUCAGAUCAUGCAUCUCCGCGAGAUUUAAUCCAUACAGAUAGUUCCUCUUGUUCUUUACACAGUAGCAAGAUGACAUCAAGAUCAUCUCCCGAAGUUGGAAACGAAUUUCAGAAGCAAAAGAGUGAUGUUUUGUAUAGAUUAGGUGUGGAGAAAUCCAGCGGAUUCCAAAUCAAGGAGACAGAAAAGUUUGACCAUGCACCCCCUGAUCAGUCAUAUAUUCAUCACAGGAAUGAACCAGCCUCACGUGCCAUUUCCAGUGUUGAUUAUAUGCCUCCAUCAACGGAUCAGUCGUCAAGAACAUUUAACAAGCAUGAAAAUGUGAAUGAACUGUCUGGAGAAGUCACAACUGAGUUUCCUGCUGCUGCUUCUCCUCAUUAUAAUGAACUGGGAUUUUCCCCUUGGUUAUCACGAAAGAAAUUUGACAGCUCCCAAACAAAAGUUGAAGUAGCAGAGAAUAGAAACCAUAAUUACUUCAGAGAAAACUCACUCCCAUUUUUGGACUCAGGAUCUGAUGAAUUGACCACUAUUUCCCAUAUCAAGAAAUUGAUUGAAGACCUUAAGAGGCAGUCAAAUGAAGUGAAAACUACAGCUGCAGAAGGGUUGCGGCUUCUUACAAAGCACAACAUUGAGAAUCGCAUCAUUAUUGGCCAGUGUGGGGCUAUUGCACCUUUGCUUUCAUUGCUGUAUUCAGAAAUGAAGCUAACCCAAGAACAUGCUGUUACGGCCCUUUUGAAUUUAUCAAUUAAUGAAAACAAUAAGGCCAUGAUUGCUAAAUCAGGAGCUAUAGAACCACUUAUCCAUGUUCUGAAAACGGGAAAUGAUGGAGCGAAAGAAAAUUCUGCAGCCGCUCUAUACAGCCUCUCUGCAUUAGAAGAAUACAAGGCAAAAAUUGGUCGUUCUGGUGCAGUUAAAGCAUUGGUGGAUCUUCUAGGCUCAGGGACACUUAGAGGGAAGAAAGAUGCUGCUGCUGCUUUGUUUAACCUAUCAAUUUUUCAUGAAAAUAAGGCUUGCAUAGUUCAAGCCGGAGCUGUGAAGCACCUUAUUAAGUUGAUGGACCCUGCUACUGGAAUGGUUGACAAGGCUGUCGCUCUUCUAACAAACCUUUCGACAAUAUGGGAGGGGCAUUCAGCAAUUAAUCAGGAAGGGGGUAUCCCUUUACUGGUUGAGAUUGUUGAAUCAGGAUCUCGGAGGGGAAAGGAAAAUGCUGCCUCCAUACUGUUGCAACUGUGCCUCCACAGUCCCAAGAAUUGUACCCUGGUGCUGCAAGAAGGCGCUGUCCCUCCCUUGGUUGCCUUAUCUCAGUCUGGCACACCCAGAGCAAAGGAAAAGGCUCAACAGCUUCUCAGUCACUUCCGUAAUCAGCGAGAAGAGGUUGCAGGGAAGGGAAAAUCAUGAAGAGAAAAAGUUUGUUGGUUUACGACUGCAUCUCUUUUUUAUAUAUAUAGUUUUGCACUUUUAUACUUGUCAGUUGCUCUUCUUCAAGAUUUUCCUUUAGAGCUUUUUCCCCCCACUCAUUCUUUAGUUUCAUAUAUGGCCUUUGCAGCAUAGACCUGAUUUUUUUUUUUCCCCUCAUCCUUCGUUCUUGUGAUAGUGAUGGAUUUCUGGUGAUGUGCAAAAUGGGACUGGAUUUUGGACAAGGACUAAUUUUAGUUUCCCUGAGAACAUAGCUUGGCCAGCAUGACACAUAGCUGCUACAGUAUGUGUUGUUUUUAGGUCCUCAAUCAGUGUUGUAUUUCAUGGAUUGUAUAUAUCCUACCGUGUUUAUGCUUUUAUAUAUAUGUCAUAUACUCGUCUUC